AUGUCGGCCCUGAGCCCCGCACACGUCCUGCAGCCUCAGUUACCCAUGGUGCCCAGCUCUCACUGCACCCCCCCGCCUCCCUACCCCAUGGACAGCAGCAUCUCCAGGUACCUAGCUAAACAACCACCAGUGGAGGCUGGUGAGGGGUGGACGGCUCAUAGUAAUGGCUGGAAUGGAAUGACUUAUGGUAUCCAUCUCUGUUUUGAUACUGUUCCAUUAAUUCCAUUACAGCCAUUACUAUGAGCCCGUCCUCCGAUUUUAGUGGCACCAGCCACCACUGAUAACCACACAUCUGUUGAUGCUUCUGGACAGUUGUGGGCACUAUAAAGUCAGGACGAGACGAAAUAUUGACAGAACAAUUGCAACACGGCUCUGUAGCGUCUCCUAGCGAUAGUUUGUCAAAAACAACUGAUCCGCUGUACAGGGUUCUAAAUAACUUUUUAGUGCCCGCAACCGACAGAAAUCUCUCUACUGUUGGCCAUUCUUGACAGAAAUCUCUCUACUGUUGGCCAUUCUUGACAGAAAUAUCUCUACUGUUGGCCAUUCUUGACAGAAAUCUCUCUACUGUUGGCCAUUCUUGACAGAAAUAUCUCUACUGUUGGCCAUUGUCUUCACUUACUAGAUAUAACACAGUUAUUACAAGAAUGCUGAGGUACUAUUUUCACUACUGACCUGUUCCCCCCUCUCCGUGUCCUGUUGCAGCUUUCUUCUGCGGCUGGGCUGCGCAGCCUGCCUGGACUACUUCACAGCACAGGGCCUGACCAACAUCUACCAGAUCGAGAACUAUAACUUGGAGGUGAGGCCUUGCCUGUCGCACGCACUGCAUCUGUGUGGUUAAACUCAGAGAGAAGGGUCGGGUGGCUUCAAGAGGCCUGAGCCUUCACGUAAGCAAAAAAAAAAGAAAAUAAAUAAAAUGAAUAUUUCUAUCUUGAAGUCUAUUUUUAGCGAACCUGAACUGCUCUUCAUUUUUGGGCUCCUCUUGAGCCUAGCUGGAGAGCAUUGUCUUCUGGCAAUUAUUCUAACACGUCAGAGUUGCCACGAACUAUCAGUGCAGACGGAGUCGUUGUGCUAUCAGACGUAAGACAAUGGCCUUUUGGGCCGCCUGGGGCCCUGAGCCUAGCCUGAGAGAGAGGAGACUAACCCAAAGGUGUGUGAUGUCGUCCCCGUCCACAGGACCUGUCCCGGCUGAAGAUCCCCCAGGAGUUUCAGCAUGUCAUCUGGAAGGGCAUCAUGGAGCACCGGCAGAGCAUGGAGUUCUCCCCUCCUCCCCACAUCCUACGUACCUCCGGCGGGGCCUCCACCGUCAGCGUAGGGUCCUCCGAGGCCCGGGGCGAGCGGGUCAUCGACGCGGUGCGCUUCACCCUGCGCCAGACCAUCUCCUUCCCGCCGCGCGACGACUGGUCCGACUUCUCCUUCGACCUGGACUCCCGACGCAACAAGCAGCAACGCAUCAAGGAGGAGGGGGAAUAGACAGACACUCUGGCCGGAAUUUCAAUCUAAGGCGAGUUGUCGAAAAGCGCACUGCAACAAUGGGCCUGUAAAGGCAAUUUCCCUGACGUUCACAGAGAUCGCUUUUACAAACGCUGCAGAUGUCAGCACAUACAGUUGAAGUCGGAAGUUUACAUUCACUUAGGUUGGAGUCAUUAAAACUCGUUUUUUCAACAACUCCACAAAUUUCUUGUUAACAAACUAUAGUUUUGGCAAGUCGGUUAGGACAUCUACUUUGUGCAUGACACAAGUAAUUUUUCCAACAAUUGUUUACAGACAGAUUAUUUCACUUAUAAUUCACUGUAUCACAAUUGCAGUAGGUCAGAAGUUUACAUACACUAAGUUGACUGUGCCUUUAAACAACUUGGAAAAUUCCAGGAAAUGAUGUCAUGGCUUUAGAAGCUUCUGAUAGGCUAAUUGACAUCAUUUGAGUCAACUGGAGGUGUACCUGUGGAUGUAUUUCAAGGCCUACCUUCAAACUCAGUGCCUCUUUGCUUGACAUCAUGGGAAAAUCAAAAGAAAUCAGCCAAGACCUCCACAAGUCUGGUUCAUCCUUGGGAGCAAUUUCCAAACACCUGAAGGUACCACGUUCAUCUGUACAAACAAUAGUACGCAAGUAUAAACACCAUGGGACCACGCAGCCGUCAUACCGCUCAGGAAGGAGACGCGUUCUGUCUCCUAGAGAUGAACGUACUUUGGUGCGAAAAGUGCAAAUCAAUCCCAGAACAACAGCAAAGGACCUUGUGAAGAUGCUGGAGGAAACAGGUACGCAAUUAUCUAUAUCCACAGUAAAACGAGUCCUAUAUCGACAUAACCUGAAAGGCCGCUCAGCAAGGAAGAAGCCACUGCUCCAAAACUGCCAUAAAAAAGCCAGACUAUGGUUUGCAACUGCACAUGGGGACAAAGAUCGUACCUUUUGGAGAAAUGUCCUCUGGUCUGAUUAAACAAAAAUAGAACUGUUUGGCCAUAAUGACCAUUGUUAUGUUUGGAGGAAAAAGGGGGUAGCUUGCAAGCCGAAGAACACCAUCCCAACCGUGAAGCACGGGGGUGGCAGCAUCAUGCUGUGGGGGUGCUUUGCUGCAGGAGGGACUGGUGCACUUCACAAAAUAGAUGACAUCAUGAGGAAGGAAAAUUAUGUGGAUAUAUUGAAGCAACAUCUCAAGACAUUAGUCAGGAAGUUAAAGCUUGGUCACAAAUGGGUCUUCCAAAUGGACAAUGACCCCAAGCAUACUUCCAAAGUUGUGGCAAAAUGUCUUAAGGACAACAAAGUCACGGUAUUGGAGUGGCCAUCACAAAGCCCUGACCUCAAUCCUAUAGAACAUUUGUGGGCAGAACUGAAAAAGCGUGUGCGAGCAUGGAGACCUACAAACCUGACUCAGUUACACCAGCUCUGUCAGGAGGAAUGGGCCAAAAUUCCCCCAACUUAUUGUGGGAAGCUUGUGGAAGGCUACCCGAAACGUUUGACCCAAGUUAAACAACUUAAAGGCAAUACUACCAAAUACUAAUUGAGUGUAUGUAAACUUCUGACCCACUGGGAAUGUGAUGAAAGAAAUAAAAGCUGAAAUAAAUCAUUCUCUCUACUAUUAUUCUGACAUUUCACAUUCUUAAAAUAAAGUGGUGAUCCUAACUGACCUAAGACAGGGAAUCUUUACUAGGAUUAAAUGUCAGGCAUUGUGAAAAACAGAGUUUAAAUGUAUUUGGCUAAGGUGUAUGUUAACUUCCGACUUCAACUGUAUUACCUUUAAAAGUAGAGUGCAGUACACUUCUCAGCAAUGCACCUUGGAUUGAAGCCCUGUCUCUGUUCCCUUCUUAUAUGAUACACCUGUUGACCAACCCACUCUCCUAUCACAGGACAGAACUAGGAAAUCUCUGCUUCAAAGUGCUCUGCUCAGAUAGUCCUAAACUCAGAUAUCCUAUAGAGCAAAAUACUAUGCAAAGAAAAAUGCACUUAUUUUGUAGUGUUUAUUUUUUUAAAGCCUUCAUUAG